UGGUGUCAGAACAUUCUUCCGGACACGCCCGUGUCGUUGCCAAGGUAUUUACUCUCCUGUCGUGAAGGGAGUACAGGUUCAGGGCUAGUGGCUGUGUUUCUGUGUCUGACAUACACCAAACGCACGAUAAUGAUGCUGCGGAUCUGCAUCACGAUGUGUCUUUGCGCUGUAUGCAAUGGAACACCAGUUGACAAAGCGUCUUACUUGUGGCAGGCUAACGGUGGCGGUGGCGGUGGCUAUGAUACAUUGAGCAACCAGGUAAUUAGCCUUCCAGGGGAUUCAAAUUCUGAACAUGUGGCGAACAGGAAUUCUCAAGUAAACAUGAUAUUGAACCUUGCUGAUAAUACUGAUAAUGUUGUAAAUUCUGAAGGAAUGACGAACACAGCCAAUACCUACAAUGUUCUUAGUUUGCUUGGCGGUGGAAAUCAAGAUGGAGAAGUCCAAUCACUGAAUACAGUUGUAUCUGGUGUCGUAAAAUUGACAGACCAGCAAACCACUCAAUCUGCUAAAACUGAUUUGACGUCUAGAGUUGAAACUACAAGUAAGAAGGAAAAGGGAACUGAAUCCACGAACGUCCAAGACAUGUCGACAAGGAUCACUUCAACAGAACACACCACAGCUUCAGGCACUGAUUUGGUUAUUGCUGACAUACCCAACGAUACAACCACAGUAAAAGCCAAAAGUUCUGUCACACACGAAACUAUCACAGACCUAAGUUCUAUUUCUCACGCCAAGUCAUCUACAUUUGCCAGGUUUGCAACAACAACUCCAUCUGUGGCAUUUACUUCUCUUAGUCUUGAGAUUACUCCCACCCGAUCUAAUAUUACAUUUCCUUCCACCCAUCAGUCGACAAUAAGGCCAUCAACCAUUCUGUUAUCUACAAUUCCCCCUACCGAUACUACUUCACUUAUAGCUACAAACACUUCAUCUACGACAAUAAGGCGAUCGAAAACAAUACCCCCUGCACCCGUAUCUGUCAUUACAACUAAAAUACCAAAUACAACAACGACAUCUCCCACAACCUUAUCCACAACUCAAACUACUUAUACAUCUACAACUACAUUCACCCCUUCUACAACUGUUACAACCCAAUCAAGCACACACUUACUUACAGACAUAUCAAAAUCUACAACGACAUCUCCCACAACCUUAUCCACAACUCAAACUACUUAUACAUCUCCAUUUACAACUACUUUCACCCCUUCUACAACUGUUACAACCCAAUCAAGCACACACUUACUUACAGACAUAUCAAAAUCUACAACGACAUCUCCCACAACCUUAUCCACAACUCAAACUACUUAUACAUCUACAACUACUUUCACCCCUUCUACAAAUGUUACAACCCGAUCAAGCACACACUUACUUACAGACAUAUCAAAAUCUACAACGACAUCUCCCACAACCUUAUCCACAACUCAAACUACUUAUACAUCUACAACUACUUUCACCCCUUCUACAACUGUUACAACCCAAUCAAGCACACACUUACUUACAGACAUAUCAAAAUCUACAACGACAUCUCCCACAACCUUAUCCACAACUCAAACUACUUAUACAUCUACAACUACUUUCACCCCUUCUACAAAUGUUACAACCCGAUCAAGCACACACUUACUUACAGACAUAUCAAAAUCUACAACGACAUCUCCCACAACCUUAUCCACAACUCAAACUACUUAUACAUCUACAACUACUUUCACCCCUUCUACAACUGUUACAACCCAAUCAAGCACACUCUUACUUACAGACAUAUCAAAAUCUACAACGACAUCUCCCACAACCUUAUCCACAACUCAAACUACUUAUACAUCUACAACUACUUUCACCCCUUCUACAAAUGUUACAACCCGAUCAAGCACACACUUACUUACAGACAUAUCAAAAUCUACAACGACAUCUCCCACAACCUUAUCCACAACUCAAACUACUUAUACAUCUACAACUACUUUCACCCCUUCUACAACUGUUACAACCCAAUCAAGCACACACUUACUUACAGACAUAUCAAAAUCUACAACGACAUCUCCCACAACCUUAUCCACAACUCAAACUACUUAUACAUCUACAACUACUUUCACCCCUUCUACAACUGUUACAACCCGAUCAAGCACACACUUACUUACAGACAUAUCAAAAUCUACAACGACAUCUCCCACAACCUUAUCCACAACUCAAACUACUUAUACAUCUACAACUACUUUCACCCCUUCUACAACUGUUGCAACCCAAUCAAGCACACACUUACUUACAGACAUAUCAAAAUCUACAACGACAUCUCCCACAACCUUAUCCACAACUCAAACUACUAAUACAUCUCCAUCUACAACUACUUUCACCCCUUCUACAACUGUUACAACCCAAUCAAGCACACACUUACCUCCACAUGUAUCAACAAUUACAUCAACAUCAUCUCCUACUGCGGUACCGACAAGCCCAACUACAACCAUUCCAGUAACCCUGCCAUCCACAGCCAUACAGGAAACUCAUUCUCCAUUCAUAAUAACCUUGGCAAACACAACCCGAUCUCGUCGUACAACGACUAUGACAUCAUCUACUACUACGAUACUUCCAUCGACCACAUUACCAACAAACCCAUCAGCAACUACAAAUACCGUAUCUACGUCCACAACAGCAUCGUUGACAGUAACGAAUCCAACAACACUAUGGACACACGCUCCGUCAGUCCAUUUAACCACUGCAACACCUGCAAGUAUACGUCCAAUAUCCACAAUUCCGUCAACGACUUUAACUGCAAUACCAACACCCUUCGUCCACACUUCUCCGAUGAUGCCUAAGAAAGCGACGACCCGGGUUCAUCAUAAGGCGUCUCCAAACAUGGACACCACAACUGAUGACUCAAUUUCUACAACUUUAAAGCAUGAUACUACCGAGGAAGCAUUGCUGAAUAUUACAGAACGAUGUACAAACGCUUCAGGCACGUCGUUUCCAUACGAGUACAACUGUCGUGCUUACUGGCAAUGUGAAAAUGAGAAACCGGUAAUGAAGUGCUGCCCGAACAAAGCGACCUUCACAUGGAACCAUGGCUGUAUUCCUAAUCCUUCCUGUAACCCAGAAUGUGAUCCUGGAUACGACAUGUCUUCAAUGUGUGACGACAGGCAAAAGGUCGAAGGCAAUUUCCACUAUUAUUAUCGCAUGGUGCAUAAGAGGGCUCUCAUCCGUCCUUGUCCAGAUGGGACUAUAUUCAGGGAGGAACUAUGUCGUUGUGACUAUCCCCCAACCGGAUUUCAAGAUAACCCAGCUUGUCAUCCUAAAUUCGAAAUGACCUUCGAUGGUAACAGUCCAUUCGAAGACGUAACAACCUCUGGCAACGAUUUCGAAAUCUUUCAUAUUCAGCCCACAGCGAACGGAACGGGACAGUUCUAUGACAAGAGUAUGGUGAUCAUCAAAAGUCUAAAUGGCUCAACGAUGGGAUACAAAUUUGCUGUUCACUUGAAGUUUAUAGCUCGCGAAGGUUCCGACAGAAUGGUACUAUUGUCAGAUUGUCUUCAUGGGAGUGACGGUGACAGUGCUUCAGUUGACAUUCGAUUGCACACCCGCAACAGUGAAGUUGUCUUCAGAGUGCACACAUACAGCUCACCAUUGUGGCAUGUCCAGAUACCUUACAAAAGAAAUGAAUGGAACGUGGUCAGUUUAAUCUACGAAGGCACUAAAGUAAAAGCGUCUGUGAACAAGAGUCAAAAGACAAAUCCAGUUUUCUUCGGCAGUCUAAGGAGGAGGCAAGCAGGGCUUGUAAUUGGUAAAUGCAGCGACAAAGAUGGUUUCACUGGAGAGAUAGACGAUCUGAUGAUCUUCACGGACUGUGUGGUGUAUGGAACCGUGGUGUAACGAAGACAAGUCGGUCGAUGACCAAUAACAGUUUGACAGCAAAACAAACUAAAACAAGCUAGUGGUCCUAAUUGCAAAAUGAGUGUGUUAUUCCAUUUUUGACUGAAUAAUGUUAUCCAUUUUGAUGUUAUUUGUUGCAUCACAGUUUGUCUCGACCAGAUGCAAACACAACAGUAUAGAUCUGUUGAAGUAAAGUGGAUUUCAUGUUUAUAACCAAAUGACAUUCACGGCAUUCUCCAAUCGAUGUUUCAGAAGACAAGUCGUUUAGUCAUUUAUCUUAAGAUCUGUCAGACAAAGAUUAAACUGAACAAAUGGA